CUCUGUAUCUCCUUCCCAAGUUUUCUUGGUGGAACGAUAUAGAUGGAGCUGGAUUCUCUCCUGCAACGUUACCGUCGUGAUCGCACCAAGCUCUUGGAGUUCCUGUUAUCCUCAGGUUUAGUCAAAGAAAUUCGUACGUCGUCUGGCCCCACCGCUUCUGUUUCCGACCUCGACGUCGACUCGAUCAGUGCCGAUUACAUCCUCCAAUGCUUAAAAUCUGGUGGAAUUGUGGAUGUGCAUGAAGCGACUAAGAGCCAUUAUGCGGAAUCUGCUUAUCCAAUAAUGGUUCAGUCCAAGUUUAGGGAUUCCUAUUAUCUUACUUCUGAUCCUGGUUCUGCUGGAUCUCCUCCUCGGCGUGUGCCUCCUCCAAUUCAUGUGAGCCAAACAGCUAAUCAUGCUUCAUCUUCAUCUAGUCAGAAGGAUCCUCUCAAUGCUAAGAAUAAAAUAUCUGAAGAUAACUUUGCUUUUACACAUAAAGCAUCCAGAGGAGUUCCUUUGAAGCCAGUAGAAAAUGCGGGAAUUCCUUUGCUUAGACUGCCUAGCCUUAGAACAGGAUUGUCAGAUGAUGACUUGCGAGAAUCAGCCUAUGAGUUAUUACUUGCAUCAAUGUCAUAUUCUGGGGUUGAAGUGUAUUCUGUUGAAGACAGAAAAAAAGAAAAGAGUUCUAAAAUUUUGUCUGGGUUAAGAAGUAAAAGGGACAAAACACAUCUACAAUCUCCAUCAUCAGAGAGACAUUCAGAACUUACUGAUACUAUCCGUGUUCAGAUGCAGAUUUCAGAAGCAUUGGAUCAGUGCAUUAGGCGAAAUAUGGUUCAGCUUGCUGCAAGGAGAACUUGUGGACAAAUUGAUCUUCCUCAAAUCUCAUUGGAACUAUUGAUUGGCAUUUUCAAGUCCGAUUUUCUUAAUGAAAAAUAUUAUGUACAAUGGAAGCGUAGACAGGCAAAUAUAUUAGAAGAAUUUCUAUGUUUCUCUGCUCAACUUAUGACAAUUGAUCGUCGAACCACUAGAAGUUGUCUUGCAAAGAGCAAGGAUUGGUUGUCUAAUAUACAAGCAAAUAUAUUAGAAGAAUUUCUAUGUUUCUCUGCUCAACUUAUGACAAUUGAUCGUCGAACCACUAGAAGUUGUCUUGCAAAGAUCAAGGAUACAAAGGAAUGGGAUGACAAUAUGUCUCCUUCUCAACGCAUAGAGGUUCUGUCAUCUAUUAGGCAGGUAGCUUCAAAGCUGUCAUCUCUUCCUGGACAAUUUGGUAUCCCACGUGAAACACAGUAUUGGACUGCUGCUUAUCACUUGAACAUUAGACUUUAUGAAAAAUUGCUUUAUGGCUUGUUUGAUAUUCUUGAUGAAGGCCAACUCAUUGAGGAAGCUGAUGCUAUCUUCUCACUUAUCAAACUCACAUGGUCCACUUUGGGCAUCACUAAGAAAAUGCAUAAUGCAUUAUAUGGGUGGGUCCUUUUUCAACAGUUUGUUAGCACAGAGGAAGGCAUGCUAUUAGAACAUGCCAUUCGUGAGUUACAGUGCGCUCUAUCGCCUUUGGAGGUUGAUGAGAAGGAAGAGCAGUAUAUGAACAGCUUAGUGUGUUUAAGGGAAUUCAAGGGUGGUGAAAGGAAGUUAAAUCUGGUACAGGGCAUUUCUCUCUCAGUAGGUACUUGGUGUGACAUUAAACUGCAAAACUACCAUCUGCAUUUUAGUCAGAAAUCUUCUAACUUCGGAAGGGUGAUGGCAUUGGCAUCAUUAGUUGGAAUUUUAGGUUCUGGUGAUUGUGCUGAAGCCAAGUUAAACAAGAUGAAUGCUUUGGAUGACCGUGCUAACAGAAAAAUCAAAAAAUACGUCAAGAGGUCCAUUGAAGCUGCCUUGAGGCGGGUCACAGAUACCAUACUGGAAUAUAAGGUAGAAAGGGCCCAUCCUUUGGCUCUACUUGCAAAUGAACUCACAUUGCUUGCAGAGAAAGAGUUAAAUGUCUUCUUUCCAGUGCUUCGUCAAUGGUGUCCUGAGUCUGUGAGAAUCUCAGCCAAGCUACUACACCAAUUUUAUGGUGAAAAACUGGUUCCAUUCCUUGGAGGAGUGUCAUCUCUUUCAGAAGAUGUUAGAUCUGUAUUUCCUGCUGCUUACAUGUUGGAUCACACACUCAGCCAGCUUUAUACUUCUUCUCUUGAAGACAGCACUUUGCGUCACUCUGUCAGCCAAGAUUUGGGUCAUUAUCAGAUUGAAAAGGCGUUAGGGCCAAUACUUCUUGAUUGGUUAAUUGGUCAGCAUGCACAUAUAAUGGAAUGGACUGGGAGAGCAUUAGAUAUUGAGGACUGGGAGCCAUUGUCUUUUCAUCAAAAACAGGCAGCAUCAAUAAUUGAAGUUUUUAGGAUUAUAGAGGAGACUGUGGAUCAAUCAUUUGGUUUGAAACUCCCUGUGGAUAUAACACACUUACAAGCUCUUUUAUCCAUAGUUUACCACAGCUUGGAUGGCUAUUUGCAGAGAAUGCUCAAUGAGUUAGUUGAGAAGAAUCAUCUCUAUCCGUUAGCUCCUCCUUUGACUCGUUACGGAGAGACAAUUAUUCCAAUGAUUAAGAAAAGGUUGAAUGAGUGCAAAGCUUUGGAUGACAAUGUGCUUAAAAAGUUGAAUGAAUUGACAGUACCAAGACUAUGUAUCAAAUUGAACACUGUUCAGUUCAUUCAGAAACAGCUUGGCUUGCUAGAAGAUGGCAUUAGAAGUUCUUGGGCAAAUGUCACACCAUCUCUUAAUAAAAAAUGUUAUGGAGAAGAGCCAGAGGAAUCUUUAGAGAGUGGUUCACUAACACAAAAUGAAGCAGUAGAUGAACUGUUUGACACCACUUUUAACAGUAUUCGGGAUACUAUUGGAAAUGUGACCAAAAAAAUUUCUGAUCUGAUUGGAACAAGAGUUGUCUUUUGGGACCUGAGAGACACCUUCCUGUUCCUUUUAUAUCGUGGUAGCGUGGAAAGUGCUCGUUUAGACUGUUUCCUUUCACAUAUUGAUACUGUCCUGGACCACAUCUGUAGUUUGGUUGAUGAUGCUGUCAGAGAUCUUGUGGUUUUAAGCAUUUUUAAGGCAUCAUUGGAAGGCUUCGUUUGGGUAUUGCUGAAUGGAGGUCCUUCGAGGGCAUUUUCUGAUUCUGACGUCAUAAUGAUGGAAGAAGACCUAAAUAUAUUGAAGGAAUUCUUCAUUGCUGAAGGUGAAGGACUCCCUCGCUCAUUAGUCGAGCGGGAAGCAAAAUUUGCAGUACAGAUUCUUAGCUUGUUUUCUCUUCAGUCAGAAUCAAUUGUUCAGAUGUUAAUGUCGGCAAGUGAGCACAUUUCAGUGGGAUCAGAUUUACAUAAUCAUGGUCGCUUGCAGUUGGAAGAUGCCCAGACUUUAGUACGAGUUUUAUGUCACAAAAAGGAUGGAGAGGCAUCCAAAUUUUUAAAAAGGCAAUAUCAGCUUCCCAUGUCCUCAGAGUACGAUGAUUCUCCAUCAAGUGAUUCAACUUUGAGAUCAACUCUCACAUCAGACCUUCUGAAGGGGGGCACCUCAUUCCAAUGGAGCAAAAAGAGCCAGAGUAGUUUCAAAUCAUUUAAGAAGAAACUACAGGAAGCAACAUCCGAAAUCAGGAACAUGGCAAUUUAGUGGUACUGGAAGAUGAUAUUCUUCUAAAUCUAAAGUUUUUUCUGAAUCUUUUUCAGUCUUGGAGAUGGUCAAUCCUUGCUGGGAGAUUUUUGCGCUUGUGUAAUUGCCGAGCGAGAAUCAACUAGUAGCCUGUACGAGAAUCAAGCUAUAAAUCUCAGUGUUUGGCCAAGAUACCAUAUGGAUUUAUCCUGUUGUGUGUGUUUAUUAUUGAAUGUACAGAGUUGAACCACUGACGCGUAAUGUGUAAAUAAAUAUGAGAAAAUUUGCAUAUACAAGACCUGAACGCACAGCUUUAAGGCCUUGUUUGCUUAGAGGGACAAUUUUAUUAAAAUAAUUUUUAUGAAAAAAA